UGUAUAGUUUUUUCAUUGAAUUGAAUGAAAAUACUGCACAAGAUUGUUAAUGAGAUUUUAGUUUCAACUUUUUGCCCUUUUUGUACCGCAACAAAAUGUUUAGUUUAAUUACGAAGCAUACGGUAAAUUCGAGCAAAAAUAUAAUAAUUAAUCCAGCAAUAUUGGCACGAACGAGAACCGUCAAUUUAAAAAUAAAAUGGGAACCACCAGAACGAAUUUCACGAUGGAAGGCAGAACGAACUGGUGAUAUUGGAUCUUUUGUUCUACCAGAUCCAACAAAUAUUUGUGUUCAGUAUCAAUUUUCGUCCGAAUUAGAGAAUGCUGAGCCAAACGUUCGAAAUCAAUUUACCCUUGGAUGGCAUCCGUUGAAAUAUACGAAAGAAUUUUAUGAAAAGACAUUGAUUGAUUCAGUUCGAUCGCAUGUUUAUGAUUACAAUUCGCCAGUGGCCAUGAUUGCCCAAUUGACUGGCAGCAUUCGAUACAUGCAAUGGUGUAUUGCAAAUCAAAAAGAACGUCGUAGAACGCGAGAAGUUUAUCGAUUGCAAAUUCAUAAAUUGACGGUGGGUCGAUUUCAUAUGCUUAAAAAUUUGCGUCAAACGGACUACAAACAAUACGAAUGGCUGUUGGAGCGUUUGGACUUGCAAUUCAAGCCCAAACCGUCAAAAGAAAAUGAAAUCAUGAUUUCUCGAAAAGAAGGUUUGCGUCAACUAACCAAUUCGUAUUGUGAGGAAGUUAAAAAUGAAAAAUUGGACGCAUAUCGAAAGCAAUUGGAUGCAGACAAAUUGCCAUUUUUGGAGCAAAAAUUGAAGAAUUUGGAAUUUAUACGAAAUGAACAAAUGGCAUUAAAAGUUCCAUGCACCAUAACUAAGGAACAAAUUGAAGAAAUACGAAAACAAUACGAAGAAAUGAAGAAAGUGCACGAAGCCAAUAAGAUCCAACCAACCAAAAAGAAAUGGAGAGUUUACUAAUUAAAAAAAAUGCAUUUGUGUGUAUAGAUUUUAGUUUUCUAACAAUUCGACACAUGUGCACUGCUUGUCUACAGUCAUAAUCAAUUGAAGGAAAAUAAAAGGAUGAAAAAAAACUAUUAUUUUCGAAAAAA